AUGAGUAAAGAACAAGAAAAGUACAAUGUAGCAAUGGUUUGUGAUUUCUUCUACCCUCAACUAGGCGGAGUAGAGUUCCAUAUUUAUCAUUUAUCACAGAAAUUAUUAGAGUUGGGUCAUAAUGUUGUUGUCUUUACGCAUGCGUAUGGGGAUCGCACAGGAAUUCGAUAUUUGUCUAAUGGGCUGAAAGUUUAUUACAUACCCUACUUGGUCCUCUAUCGACAGACUACUUUCCCCACAGUACUUGGUAGUUUUCCUGUAUUCAGAAAUUUGCUAAUUAGAGAGCAAAUUAAUGUGGUUCACUCUCAUGGGAGCGUCUCUACUUUUGCACACGAGGCCAUUUUACAUGCUAACACGAUGGGAAUUCGCACGGUCUUCACAGACCACUCUUUGUAUGGCUUUAACACAUUGGGAUCCAUUCUAGUUAAUAAGUUAUUACACUUCACAUUGUGUAACACUGAUGCCGUUAUUGCGGUAUCUCACACAUGUAAGGAGAAUAUGAUACUUAGAGCGAAACUUGAUCCACAGAAUAUAUCGGUAAUACCGAACGCAGUUGUCUCUAGUGACUUCACGCCUGAAGAUGGGACACUUAAGGCAAGCAAUACGUCUGGUAGAAUCACUGUAGUUGUGAUCUGUAGGUUAUACACUAACAAAGGAGCUGAUUUGUUGACUCAUUUAAUCCCCAGAAUUUGUUCUGAUUGCAAGACAGUUGAUUUUAUUAUUGCAGGUGAUGGACCUAAGUUCAUCGCUUUCCAACAAAUGAUAGAAAACAAUAGAUUACAGGAUCGUGUAGAACUAUUGGGAGCUUUAAGACAUGAGGAUGUUAGAGAUGUGAUGUGUCGGGGAGAUAUAUAUUUACAUGCAAGUUUAACCGAAGCGUUCGGAACGGUUUUGGUUGAGGCUGCCUCUUGUGGUCUUUUGAUUGUGACUACAUCAGUUGGAGGUAUACCCGAAGUUCUUCCCGAAUAUAUGACAGUAUAUGCUGAACAGACGUCGGUUUCUAGUUUAAUUGAAGCUUUAAAUAAAGCUAUAAGUCUGAUGCGAAGUAAGAAAGUCGACACCUCGAGGUUUCAUGGCGAUAUAGCGCAGAUGUACGAUUGGAUGAAUGUUGCAGAAAGAACCGUAAACGUGUACCAUAGGAUAUCCAAACAAGACCCAAUGAGGAAGAACUGGGCAGUUAUGGUUAAAAGAUUCUAUGGGCAAGAGGGAAGUUGGGCUAGGAUGCUUUAUGUCCUUUGUGCUGUGGUAGAAUAUAUCAUAUUCUAUAUCAUGGAACUCAUUUAUCCAGCUAAAAAGAUAGAGAGAGCUGUUAAGUGGAAGCAUGUAAUCACAAAUGAUUCCAAAAAGUAA